UUUUCUUUGGGUUUCCCAGUACCGUGUACCCUCCUUCCUUUCAGGAGGGCUCUGACGGUGCUGGGGUAGGGACCAUUUCUAAACUGCCCCCUAGUCCUGUUGUUCAGCCCUCAAUGUUGGCCUGGCAUGCCUUUGGGGGCGAAGGGACCCCUUUAUUCUUGUGGUCUUGGCUAGUAAGUAGGUAAUUCAUUUUGACUGCAUGUCAGUGAAAUGAAGGCCCUAUGUUGACAUGGUUGCUCUGGUUCUAGCAGAGGGUUUGUGGGGAGAGAUGUUGGUCGUAGAGUCCUUGGAUCUAGAGAUGACCUUGAGAUAAUUGAGACCAUUCCUCUCUCCCUUGGUAGACUUGCCAGCCGCCAAACACAUGCAUUUCCAUGUAUCUCCCUGUCUUUCCGAGCAUCUUUCUUCCAUGGGAAGUUCUCAGAAUCAGGGAUCAGAGAGGGUUGAAGCAUCCACCUUGUUAAUCAGCCCAAUUCAACCAACUAGUGCUGCCUGAGGCUGCCAUUCCUGUCUGUCCUUCUGUCCAGUUUGUCCUGGUGGGCCCAGUUUGGUAUGUGUGCCUUGUCCAAGAGCAUAUAUGUGUGUUCCUCUUUCUCUGUGGGGCCCUUUAUCUUAGUGGGGCCACAGGCUAAGGAAAUUGAAGAGGUUUGGGACUUGACCUUGGCCCUGAAGAUUUUGGAUUGGCAGCAGAGAGGAGGAGUGGGGGAGAUGUUUCAGUGUGGGAGAAGUAAUAUGAGCAAAUGGGUAGGGAAUUGGGGGGCACGUUUAGUAAACUGGGGAUAUGGUGAAUAGACCAGUCUGGUUGGAGCAAGGCUGGUUUCAGUAGGGAAGUGAUGAGACACAAGCUAGGGAGGUAGAUUGGGACCACAAUCAUACGGGGUGUUUCACAGCUUAGAGUUUGUUCUUGAUUUGGUAGGUACUGGGGAGCCUUUCAUGGUUCUUGGUCUGGGAACUUAUGUAAUUAGAGCUAUACCUUAAGAGGAUAAAUCAGAUUGUGGUGUGCAGGAUGGAUUAAAGGAGGUGUGUGUGCUGGGAGUAGGGAUGGAGAAUGAGAAGAGAAGUCUAGAGAAGGCAUUCCCAACCACUUUGCUCAUGACAUCAAUACCAGCAUUGUGAUGUCAUUGGCGUAGCGUUCCAAACACCAGGGCUGAUGUGGUCCCCUUCCUCUGCUCCCCAAAGCCCUGUAGUACAGAAUCCUGGGGAGGGGCCCUGCCCACGGCCUUCUCUGGAACAUUGGGAGUUGAUUGGCAAGGUAAAUCCCCAAUCCCUGCUCCCUGGGGCUUGGAGGUACCUCCAGGGAUUCUCUUGAGGGUCUGACUUUUUUCUUUGAAGGUGAUUCUCACACAGAAGGGUAGUGGUGGCAUACAGAGAACAUUUAGAAAGAAAGAAGGGAACAUUGGAAGCCACUUCUCCGCUCUGUUCCCUGGUGCUGAGCAAAUUCACAUCUAUUUAUUGGGAAGGCAGGGCUGAAUCUCCCCAUUUCUCAGAGAGAGAAUCCAAGAUCUUGAGAAGGGCCAUGAUACAGGCAAAGCCUCCGAAUGUGUCAGGCAGAGCUGGAACUACAUCCCAGACCUCCCCAGUCCCAUGACCUGGUCUCUUGUUUCUCUUGUCUCGGGUUCAAUUUUAGAGCUAAAUAUAGGACUCUAAUGGGUUGGGGAGAGAUUCACUGGGGGUCCUACCUUCAUGAAUUGAUCCUGGGUUGGGAGCUUAUUGAGGAGAAGAACUCAAGGGGCUGCUUAAUAUAGUGGGAAGAACACUAGGUUUGGAGUCAGGGAACUUGGGUUUGAAUCCUAGCCUUGCUAUUUUGAUCUUAGACAAGUUGUUAGACUUAAGCUCUCUGGGCCUCUAUGGCUUUAUCUUUAAAAUGAGGGGGUUGGAUUUUAUGCUUUCUAGCCCCCCCCAAUACUUCUAAAUCCUGUAGGCCUCUGAAGUAAUGAUACUAGGGUUGCAGAUGGGACUUGGUGCUGUGGUUUCACUUGGGUGAUGGGUAGGAAGAAGAGUACCAGAAGAGUUACUCUCCCUCCGCUCGUCCCUCCCAGAAAUGAGUCUGUAAGCAUGGGGAAGAGAAAGGGUGUGAUCUCACCAAAUUGUCCAGGGAGGAAUCCUUCUAAGUCUGAUGUUCACCCUUUUUCUGCAGUUCCACCAAUGAGGCUCAACUUGCAGGAGGAGACCCACCCCACUGCCAGACCCUGACACCAGGAACUCCCCUGGAUGGUCCAGGACUGACACCCCAUCCCUGCCCCCUUUUCCCCAUCUACUCUGACUGGCCUUCUGCCUGGGAGCUCCUGCAGCUGGUGCGAAGAGCUUCGUGGAGGGAGGUGGGUACCCUCUGGCACUGACGUCCGAGGAGGAGGGGAAAAGACCAAGGAAGACAGAAAAGAUCAAAGAGUAGCAGGCUUCCAGACCAUGCAUCUGCCUUGAGGCUGCCUCCGUAUUCUCUCGGUGUCCGUGUCAUCCCCGGCCAUCAGGGGCGGGAGCCCAUCACUGGGCCCAGGGUUGGUUGGGAAGCUCCCCUGACGGGGCUCAGUCGCCAUCCCGGCCCUGGCCCCAACCAUGUCUAGUCUUGUCGGCAGCCCACAGCCCGAUAGUGGCGGCAGCGGCAGCAGUAAGUCAGGCGCUGUAGAGAAGUGCAGCUCAGAUGAGGCCCUUCCCCCUGCCAACCCAGAGCGACGGAACAAGAGUGGCAUCAUCAGUGAGCCCCUCAACAAGAGCCUGCGGAAGUCUCGGCCUCUGUCCCACUAUUCCUCCUUCAGCGGCAGCAGCUCAGCGGGUGAGCUGGUGGACAAGGCGGCUGCCGCCUCUGGGCUGGCCAACGGGCACGACCCGCCCAUGGACAAAACCAACCCUACCUCAAAGCACAAAAGCGGUGCCGUGGCCAGCCUGCUCAGCAAGGCGGAGCGGGCCGCAGAGCUCUCCGCCGAAGGACAGCUGACGCUGCAGCAGUUCGCCCAGUCCACUGAGAUGCUGAAACGUGUGGUUCAGGAACACCUUCCCCUGAUGAGCGAGGCUGGGGCUGGGCUCCCAGACAUGGAGGCCGUGUCAGGCACCGAGGCCCUCAACGGUCCUUCCGACUUCCCCUACCUAGGCGCCUUCCCCAUCAAUCCGGGCCUCUUUAUCAUGACGCCUGCGGGCGUGUUCCUGGCCGAGAGCGCCUUGCACAUGGCAGGCCUUGCGGAGUAUCCUAUGCAGAGUGAGCUGGCUUCUGCCAUCAGCUCGGGCAAGAAGAAACGGAAACGUUGCGGCAUGUGCCCGCCCUGCCGACGGCGGAUAAACUGCGAGCAGUGUAGCAGUUGUCGCAACCGAAAAACUGGCCACCAGAUUUGCAAAUUCAGAAAAUGUGAGGAGCUCAAAAAGAAGCCUUCUGCUGCUCUGGAGAAGGUGAUGCUUCCAACGGGAGCCGCCUUCCGAUGGUUUCAGUGACGAGUGGAGCCCCGGAGCUGCCAUCUCGUGCAAGCCCUUGCUUGUGUUAUCUCAAGUAGGGGAUUCGGGCGAAGACGAAUGGAUGCACCUAUGUCUUUUAGAACCAAAAAUAUUCUCUCGCAGAUUUCAUUCCUGUUUUUAUAUAUAUAUUUUUUGUUGUCGUUUUAACAUCUCCACGUUCUAGUAUAAAAAAAAUCAAGAAACAAAAACAUUUAACUGCUUUGCAGAAGAAGACAAAAAAGCAAAACGAGUCUGUAAAGUGUGGAGGCUUAAUAGCAAAGAUGGACAAUCAGUCCCCUUCGUGUGUUGCUGUUUCUGUUGUUUGUGUGGAAGAUGCCGUUUCUGUGUAGAGAAUGUACAUUUUCAGUAACCUUUGGAAAUCUAGUUACUAAUAAGCACUACUGUAAUCUAGCACAGUUGUUUAACUCCACCUCGUUUAAACUUUGUUUGAUCAUAAAAUAGUGCAUAGUUUUCCUAGAGUACGCCACUUCAUGUUUAUAAUGAGAAUAUGUUUAUAGCGAUAUAGAGUCCCCACCCCGGAACCAUCCACAUCUGCAACUUACCAGCCAGGAGCAAAGCUUCAGAGGUGGGCGCCCCCCAAGCAGACCGCGUCGAACCCCGGUGGUCCUUCAAAAGAAAAUUAAACAUGGUGACGAGACGACUCAAAAAGUUCUGUUAUCUAAUGUACAUGGAUCCAGGGCUCCAACAUACAAAGGUGCCCCAAUCCCAGUUUUACUUAGAAAGAAAAAAAAUCAUUUUUCUAAUCUUGCUGAGGUUAAAGACAGAACUGACCCAGGGCAGGCUGAGGAUUCCCGCCCCCCCCACCUACAUCACCACCCCCAGGCCCUGGUCUCUUACUGCUGAUGGACACGCUGUUUGUAUUGUUUUAGCGAACCAGGCUGUUUUGUGAAUAAAAUGAAUGCAUGUUUUGUGUCUCAGUUCA